AUGAAAAAUCAUUACAAAAUUCAUGCACAAAAUUAUGAAAAUUUCGAUCAUGAUCAAGAGGAUAGAUUACCACCGUCAAUAGCAAUAAAUGCUAUAAUAAUCGAGUCAAAUGAAAUUCGAUCAUUGACACCAGCAUCAGCAUUAGCACCUGUAGUUAAAUUCGAAAUGUUAGAUUGGCUUCGAUCAGAUUUUAAUGAUUUUGAUUUGAAUCAAUUAGCAACACCGCUUGCAAGUGAUUGUGUUACACGUUCUAUGAAAAGAUUAUGUGUUGAAGAAAGUAACGAUGAAGUGAAUAGUAAAGAUUUCGUUCAUCUAGAUUAA